GAAGGGGGAGGAAACAUGGCGGCGAGCAGCGCGGUGCAUUGUGGCCUGCACCGCGGCGCCGUGAUGGCGGCGCCCAGGGCACGGUGGGCUUGCGGCAUGGCCGCCCCCCGGUCGUGGCGGCUGUUCGGGGCUGUGUGCCUGCUGAGGCUGCCCCGCAUCACGCAGCCGCUCCAGAAGGAGGAGGAAGAGAUGACGGCUCUCAUGGGGCAGAUAGAGCUGGAGAAAAGCCACUAUUCAGACCAUGAAAUCCGCAAGCUGGAGGAAGAGGAGCUGCUCCGGAGGAGGAAGGAAAGCGCCUACGAUGAUGAAGAGCCCGGCAAAACGGUCAUCAUGGCGCAGGACCUGGAGGACAAGUGGGAACAGAAGUUCCUUCGCUUCAAAGCCGCUCCACGGAUAACAGAUGCUGAUGAAAGCAACAGUCGAACAUCACUGAACAGGAAGCUGGACAGAAACCUGAUGCUUCUGGUGAAACAGAAAAUCGGCAACCAGGAGCUGUGGCUCCUGCCUCAAGAGGAAUGGCAGCCUGGGGAGACACUGCGAAACACGGCUGAGCGAGCCAUGGCUACGUUCUUAGGAGACCACAUUGAAGCCAAAGUCCUGGGGAAUGCUCCAUAUGGGAUUUACAAGUACAAAUUCCCCAGGGCCAUCAGGACUGAAGAUAAUGUGGGAGCUAAAGUAUUCUUCUUCAAAGCCUUCCUCCAGAGCAGUGACUUGUCCCAAGCAGAGAAGAAGGGGAAUCACCUGUGGGUCACAAAGGAUGAGCUGGGAGAUUACUUGAAGCCAGAGUAUCUGAAGAAAGUCAAUCGAUUCCUUCUGGACUUGUAAGGGAUGGGCUGUGCUCCAGCAGAUGGGGAGGAUGUGGGAUGAAACUCCAGGGAGAAGCACAGCUGCUGCUUUUCAUGGUCUGUGUGUAUGAGAUGUUAAUGUGGGCUCUGGAGGAUAAUUUGCCUUUGCCUUAUUUGCCACUUCUCUUCACCAGGCCUGUACUGAAUAAAUAUUAAAACUUCUACUUGGAAGUGAA